AAUCAAUCCUUGUCACCAGUAGAGGGCGCUCAAAAUCGCUCAGCCACGUAAGUCAGGGUCGUAUUUUUCUUCCCAGAUUUAUUCUACAAAGUUAUUUCCUCGUUCUGUGAUAAUAUGUGAGAAUGGUAUAACAACGCAGACUUGUGCUUAAAGUUUUUUUGUGUUUUAACAUCGUCCUGCCAGCGGUAAGUCCAAAAAUUCAAAAGUCAUGGCCCACAUACCAAAUCAAUAUAAUAAUGUUCCUGGACAUCAAACUUCAAUGCCUGGGCCAUUCCCGCAGCAUAAUCAAAUUCCUCCGAGUCAAGUCCCCGGGCCCGUAAAACAGGAUGGCAAUUUUAACCCAGCAUCAAUAGCAGCAAUGAACAGUCAAACAAAUCAUUUUAAUCAAAGUACGAAUAGUUCGCCAGCCUUUAAUCACCCAGGAAUGUUGCCACCCCUACCUACAAGCUUACAGUCAUCGCCUAUGAGACCAAUGAAAACAACGGUGACUCAAAACCAAUUGCAAAAUAUCCAGAACAUUCCAGUAAAUUCAGGAAGCCCGCAUCCGUCUAAUCCAUCACCAUUCCCUCCUAAUAUCCAGCGACCCCAAAUAAAUAACAAUGCUCCACCUCUUAUUUCGACUAGUCAGUAUAAUCAACCUUUUAUGAAUGGACCAACAACUGGGCCUAUUGGAAAUGUAAACCAUUAUCCACCAAACUCCAGCUCAUUUAGUCCCACUCCACCAACAAAUUUGCCUCCUACAAGCUCAAAUUAUGGGCCAUCAUCCUUGAAUUCAAACUAUGGAGGGAAUCAAAGGCUUCCAAUGUCAUCCAUGCCACCAGGGUAUAGUCAGCCAAAUGUUCCGAUAAGUGGACCGCCAAUAAGUGGACCUCCGCUAACUGGUCUAAGAAACAGUCCUGUGACAACUGGACCUCCUGGUAAUUUACCUAUGACAAAUGUACCUAAUAUAUCUGGGCCACCUGUACCACCUUUAGGCCCACCUAGAAGCAAUGCAAUAAAUGGGCCAACUAUGAUGGGACCGUCUACAGCAUCUGUACAUAGUCAAAUGGGGCCACCUAAAGGAUUACCAAGUGGGCCAUUAUCUUUGCCAGCUGGCCCUCAGCUUAGACAACCUAUGCCUCCAAAUAUAAACCCACCACAGCACCAGCUGAAUAAUGGGCCUUUAGAACAGCAAGGUUACAUUGCAGGCCCACCAAAUAUGCCAGCUGGAAAACCUGGCUUACAAAGUGGGCCAGUCUCAGGGCCACCAAUGAGUCAUUCUGGUCCUGGACCUGCUAGUGGAAUUAGUGGGCAGAAUACCAAUAUUCAGAAUAGAUAUCCUCCGAUGCCAUAUACAAAUUUGAGUCCCCAACAACAAAUGCAGGUACAACAGAAUAUUGCAAAACAGUUUCCCACGCAUAAUCUUUAUGGUGUAACUCAGCAAAUGAGUAAUUUGAGUGUAACAAAACAAGGAUUUGACCAGCUGUGGGGACACCAAAUGGUUGACCUUAUGCAGUGUAAGAACAUUUUACCAGAAUACCUGGAGGAACCUCCAGAAAUAAAACUUGCGCAUCAAUUUGCCGAGUCACCCAAUUGCAGUUCAGAGAUCUUCAGGUGUACAGUGAAUCGCAUACCGGAGUCAAAUUCAUUAUUGCAAAAGUCCAGAUUGCCCUUAGGUAUCCUAAUACAUCCAUUCAAAGACUUAAAUCAUCUACCAGUAAUUCAGUGUACGACGAUAGUGCGGUGCCGAGCUUGUAGGACUUACAUAAACCCCUUUGUCUACUUCGUGGAUUCGAAGCGUUGGAAAUGCAAUCUUUGCUACAGAGUCAACGAUUUACCAGAGGAAUUCCAAUACGAUCCGUUAAGCAAGUCUUACGGCGAUCCGUCCCGGCGGCCCGAGAUCAAGUCGGCCACGAUAGAGUUCAUCGCGCCCAGCGAGUACAUGCUCCGCCCGCCGCAACCGGCGGUCUACCUCUUCCUUCUAGACGUUUCUCAGAUCGCGAGAGAGUCAGGAUAUUUACAGGUCGUGUGCGAAACACUGAAGACAAACCUGGAGCAGCUGCCGGGCGACGCGCGCACGCAGAUCGGCUUCAUCUGCUACGACGCGCACGUGCACUACUACCUAAUGAGCGAGGGCCUCACCAGGCCCAAGGAGAUGACCGUGUUGGAUAUUGAUGAGAUAUUUCUUCCAUCACCGGAAUCGUUGCUAGUGAACUUGGGCGAAUACAAGGACAUGGUCAAGGAACUGUUAACUAUAUUACCGCAGCGUUACUCCACUCCCGGUGUUCCGGCCUCCGCGCUAGGUGCAGCCCUACAGGCCGCUUAUAAGCUUAUGGCUCCCACUGGGGGACGAAUUACAGUUUUCCAAACCUGUCUACCUAAUAUUGGACCAGGAGGAUUACAUUCAAGAGAGGAUCCAAACGCUCGUUCUUCUAAAGACGUGGCCCAUCUGAAUCCAGCGACUGAUUUUUUCAAAAGGAUAGCUUUGGACUGUAGUGGGGCACAAGUUGCAGUAGAUCUCUUCCUUCUAAGCUCACAGUACUGUGACCUGGCAACCCUCAGUGGAAUGAGUAAAUUCAGUGCAGGCACAGUCUAUCACAUCCCACUUUUCCGAGCUCAGCGGCCGUGGCAAGCGGAGCAGUUAACUCAAAUGUUCACGAGAUAUCUCACUAGGAAGAUAGGUUUUGAAGCCGUCAUGCGGGUUAGGUGUACUAGGGGAAUUUCGAUACACACGUUCCACGGCAACUUCUUCGUGCGCUCCACGGACCUGCUGUCCCUCCCCAACGUGUCUCCCGACGCGGGCUUCGGCAUGCAGCUCACGAUAGAGGAGUCGUUGUCGGAUCUGCAACAAGUGUGCUUCCAGGCUGCUCUACUUUAUACUAGUAGUAAAGGCGAACGAAGGAUACGCGUCCACACAUUAGCUUUACCAAUAGCAAAUACCUUGCCAGAUAUUUUACACGCUGCGGACCAACAGUGUAUUAUAGGGUUACUCAGUAAAAUGGCCGUGGACCGCUGCGUGUCGGCGUCCAUGUCGGAGGCCAAGGAGGCGCUCAUCAACGCGGCCGUGGACAUGCUGAGCGCGCACCGCCUGGCGCAGAACCUGCCGGCCGGCGCCGCCGCCGCCGCGCUGCACGCGCCCGCGCCGCUGCGCCUGCUGCCGCUCUACGUGCUCGCGCUGCUCAAGCGGAAAGCGUUCCGCACGGGCACGUCGACGCGGCUGGACGAGCGCGUGGCCGACAUGUGCCUGAUGAAGUGCGCGCCGCUGCCCGCGCUGCUGCGCGUCGUGCACCCCGACCUCUACGCGCUGCACGCGCUGCCCGCGCACGCGCACGCGCACGCGCACGCGCACGCCGACGCGCCGCCGCCGCCGCUGCCGCCGCGCCUGCAGCUCUCCGCCGAGAGGAUAAGCAUGAAUGGGGCGUAUCUCCUGGACGACGGCGAAACGAUGAUAAUAUACGUGUGUCACGGCGUCAGUCCCGCCUUCCUGUCGGAGACGUUCGGUGUGGCCGCCUUCAGUCAGUUGCCGGAUGAAGCUAGAAGUUUACCUAAAGUCGAAAGCGAAGGGAACGAGCAGUUACAUGCGCUUAUAGAAAAAUUAAACGAUGACCGACCCUAUCCAGCUAGUAUACUUAUUCUUAGGGAUAAUUCACCAUCACGCCAGCUAUUCACAGAACGUCUCAUCGAAGACCGAGUGGAGUCAGCAUUCUCUUACUACGAAUUCUUACAGCAUAUUAAGACACAAGUGAAAUGAGUGAGUAAGUGAGUGAGUGACUUGAGCCUUGGACGUUGCUUGAGUUGCCAAAGGUUAAUGUGACACUGCCCUAACUUGUUAACAAUUUCGGUAUUCCGUUUCGAUAUGUUCCAGACAUAGGACCAGGGAUACGAAUCUGACGUUUAAGUUGUCGCGCGUAUAACUUUUUUUUUUUUAAUUUAAUAUUAUCUUGUUGCACGCUCAAUCAAUACAGAUCUGUAUUGAAGCGAAAUAUCACGUUCUUAAUUAAAAAAAAUAAUGAAUUGGUAUUUAUUGUGCACGAAAAUGUAUUAACUAUUGCGCAAAUGUUUUGUAAAAUAUUGCAAAGAAAUUAAGCUUAUUGCACGACAACUAAUACAAAUAUUUUGCCGAAACGUUCCCUCUUCUCUACAGUAAUAAAUAAUUUUGUAAAAAAAUCGGAAAUUAUUAUAAAUACAUGUUGUAGGCAAUGUAUCGCUUUGUGUGUGAGAUUUAGAUCAACGCAAUGUGACAUCAGUUUAUGGGAAUAAAUAUUUUUUUUUACAAAGCUUUUACUUUUCACUGUUAACUGAAUCCAUAUUAUCAAGAAAGCUGUGAAUAUGAUAUGAAAUUAAUUUUAAACGGACAAUAUUGUAACAGUAGCCAUAUAGUGAAAAUAUUAUAACUGUGUCGCUCAGAAAUCAGUCACGAAGCAAUUAAUUACAUAUUUACCGAUGAAAAGUCUUUGGACUUUGAAUAGUUAAGAUUAUGUGUAGUAACCUUUAUGU